UUACUGGCUCUCAUUGAACAGUAUAAAGGAACAUGGCUCCAACGACAUCUCCCAUCAGGACUACAAGAUUCUUUGCUUGUCUUAACAGCUGCACUCCAUCGCUUUGUCCCAGAUGAAUCUCAGAACACUUAGUCACCAAGGAGAGCCACCAUUGAUGUGAGGCACACUCUUCCUUCUGGACACUGCAGUGAAUAGAAGAAGGCAUGUCAGUAUUUAAAUGUUUUCAUUUGUUUGUUUCCAUGUUGGUUAAAUUACAAUGCCCUGGACUUUAUCUCUUCAAGUUAUAUUUCACCUUUAGUGACUGACAAAUAUUCAUAAUGGUUUUAAUCUUUUUGAUGUCAUUAUGUGAAUAUCAAUUGUUUCCAGGUGUUUAGUUGAGACGAGAAACAUAGUUGUAAUUAUGAACUUCCUUGUAGAAUUGUAAAUAAUUUAUUUGCUUAUUUUUAUGGUAUGAUCAGAUUUGUAUCUGAAGUAUAUUUAUAAGUCAUUAAAAA